AUGGCUUCGCAACUCCGCUCCCCGCCACGCGGACGACCUAGGUCGUUGACGCGCUCCGCGACUCCCCUCACAGGCGACUCGCGCUCUCCCGGCCGGCGGCGACGCUUCGAUUCGCCCAGCCCGUCGAGAUCGAUAACUCCGCCCCCUCGUCGCAAUGGGCGACACCGAGCCGACAGCCGUAGCUGGAGCCGGGGUCGCGGCCGAGAGAGCAGAGAGCCCAGCGAGCAUCCAUUGGCAAGAAGCACCAAGAUCGUCGUUGAGCGAUUGUCUAAAAACAUCAACGAGGAUCACCUCUACGAAAUCUUUGGCCAGUUUGGAUCUAUCAAGGAUCUUGACCUGCCCAUCAACAGGACAUUUGGCACAAACAGAGGAACGGCGUAUAUCCUCUUCGACCACGAAGCCGACGCCGAAGCCGCCAUCUCUCACAUGCACGAAGCCCAAGUCGACGGCGCCGUCAUCAACGUCUCGAUUGUCUUGCCCCGACGAAAACUCUCCCCAGCUCCGCCCACCGCUCGUCGCGGCGCCAACAUUGAUCCUAGGGUUCCCAUGUCGGGCGGUUCCCGUGGCGGCGGCGGCGGCUUCGGCUUCGGCUCUGGCGGCGGCGGUCGUCGCCGGCCUUCGCCGUCAAGCCGCUACGGUCCACGCUCGGACGUCUACCGGCCUCUGUCCAGGUCCCCCUCAAGGUCGCCGGUCGGGGUGCCUCCGUCCCGCGGUGGCGGAGGCAGCCGGUAUCGCAGCCGAUCGAAUGGCUUCUACUCGUCGCGGUCCAGGUCCAGGUCACCGGCGCCGCGACGGAGAGGCGGGGGAGCUGGAGCUGGGAGCGGCUACGUUGACGACGCCGACGAACGACGACGCAGCCGCAGCCGCUCAUACGGCGGCUACGGCGGCCGCAGCAGGUCCGGCAGCCCUGACCGUGGCCACCGCUAA